AUGAACGGUGCUGAUUCUGAAGGCGCGCCCCAUGGCGAUCAGGGCACGCCACAGCCUAUCGCCAUUAUCGGGUACGCCUGUCGGUUGCCGGGGCAAGUUACAUCUCCUGGUGACCUAUGGGAACUAUGCACCCGAGCUCGAAGUGGCUGGUCACCCAUACCCGAAGACCGUUUCUCCGUCGAAGCACUACACCACCCUAACCCAUCCAAGGUGGGUUGCUUCAACCCAAAGGGGGGCUACUUCCUCGACGAAGACAUUGCACGCUUUGAUGCGCCCUUCUUCAACCUCACUGUCCAAGAAGCCACGUCAAUGGACCCUCAACAACGCUUAUUGCUGGAAUGCGCGUAUGAAGCUUUGGAGAGUGCUGGAAUUCCCAAAGAGAGUCUUGCCCGCCGGAACGUGGGUGUUUUUGCCGGUGGAAAUUUCUCUGAUUAUGAGCUCAAUAACGUCCGUGAUAUCGAGACUAUCCCCAUGUACCAAGCUACCGGCUGUGCUGCCUCACUACAAUCCAACCGUAUCUCAUAUUUCUUCGAUCUACGAGGGCCCAGUAUCACAGUGGACACGGCUUGUUCUUCUUCGCUUGUUGCACUCCAUUAUGCAGUACAGAGCCUGCGAAACGGGGAGUCCACGGAAGCCCUCAUUGCUGGUUGUCACCUGAACCUUGUUCCAGAUAUUUGGGUUUCUAUGUCUAUGUCACAGCUGUUCAAUGAUGAGGGUAAAAUAUUCUCCUUCGACGAGAGAGCUACAUCUGGUUUUGCGCGAGGCGAGGGCUGUGGUGUCGUAAUUCUGAAGCCCCUCGACGCCGCCUUGCGCGACAAGGAUCCCGUCCGAGCUGUCAUUGUACAUUCAGGAGUUAAUCAAGAUGGGCGAACACAGGGAAUUACACUACCAAAUGGUCAGGCUCAAGAAGAGCUAAUCCGACGAGUCUAUAAAGAGGCCAAUAUCAACCCGGACGAAUGCGGGUUUGUAGAAAUGCAUGGUACGGGAACAAAGGCCGGUGAUCCUGUCGAAGCUGCAGCAGUCCACGCCGCACUUGGAAAGAAUCGAACUCCCAGAAGCCCGCUUUACAUUGGAUCAGUUAAGUCUAACAUUGGGCACUUGGAGGGCGCUAGUGGUAUAAUUGCCGUCAUUAAAGCAGCCAUGAUGCUUGAUAGAGAUUUGAUGCUUCCGAACGCCGAGUUCAAGAAAGCGAACCCUAAUAUUCCGAUGAGGGAGUGGAAUAUGAAAGUUUUAACGACGACGCGGCCCUGGCCUUCUCGCAAGAAAUACCUUAGCGUGUCCAACUACGGGUUUGGAGGAACCAACGCACAUGCCGUUCUUGAAAAGGCGCCACUAGCAUCAAAAGCCCCAGAUGAGGCUGUUGAAGAUGUUGGAGUGGACCCCAAACGCAAGCUAUUCUUGAUAUCCGCCAACGACAAGGAGUCUCUACGCACUCGGAUUAAAGACUUCGGUAUCUACUUCGAACAACAUCCUGAAGUCUUUGAAAAAGUACUAUUCGGCAACUUUGCUUAUACUCUAGGCAACAAGAUGUCCCAGCUCUCAUAUCGUGUUGGCGUGUCAGCUACCUCGCUAGACGACCUUGGAAUCCGUCUUGCUCAACUGAAGAUCAAUCCGUCCCGGGUUCUAGGCGCCCCAAUAGUUUCGUUUGUCUUCACUGGCCAAGGAGCUCAAUGGGCACAGAUGGGUGUUCCUCUUAUGCACGAAUACCCUAUCUAUGAGUCGACCAUCAAACGGGCCGAUCAAUACCUACGAGAACUCGGCGCUGAGUUCUCCCUUAUCGAAGAGUUGGAAAAGAAUGACACCACCUCAAAGAUUGACUCCCCUCAUCUCAGUCAACCGGCCUGCACAGCGCUUCAGAUUGCACUAGUCAAUCUCCUAGGCUCUUGGGGAAUUCGUCCAGCUUCAGUUAUUGGCCACAGCUCUGGAGAAAUCAGUGCAGCAUACUCUGUGGGGAUUUAUGGCCUAGAGGGAGCUAUGGCUCUGGCUUACUGGCGUGGACAAAUGACAACCUUGCUCAAGUCCUCGUUCCCGUCCCUCAAGGGGACUAUGAUUGCUGUCGGCGCCAGUCGCGAGGCUAUUCAGCCUAUUUUGAAGACCCUUUCUGGAUAUGUUACCAUCGCUUGUGUGAACAGUCCUUCCAGCGUGACCGUGUCAGGAGAACUGUCCGCAAUUGAUGAGCUUGAAAAGGUUCUCCAGGAUAAGCAGCUUUUCAACCGAAGAUUGAAAAUUGACGUCGCCUACCAUUCCAACCACAUGAAGAAGGUUGCCGAGGCUUACUUGGCUGCGAUUGAGACUAUUCAGCACUUCCCAUCGGCAACGGCCUCGUUUUUCUCUUCUGUCUUUGGGCGCUUCGCGGAACCUUCUGAACUUGGUCCAGAGUACUGGGUUGAUAACCUGACAUCACCGGUGUUGUUCUCUGAUGCUCUGAGCAAGAUUGUGUCGGAGGAUGAAACCCGACCCAACCUCCUUGUUGAAGUUGGUCCACACUCUACAAUGAAGGGGCCCAUCAUGGAUACUCUGAAGAGCUUGGGUCCCACCGUCUCUAAGAUUGGAUAUACACCAACCAUUCUUCGUAAAGUGGACGCAGCCGAGUCGGUAUUAGAUACUGCUGCUGCUGCCUACGUGCGAGGAGCUACACUCAAUAUGACAGGAGUGAAUUUCCCCAAGACUGGGGCUGCAAACCGUUGGUUUUUGACCAACUUGCCUCGCUAUCCUUGGCAACAUGGAACUCGAUACUGGCACGUUGCCCGUAUAUCGCAGAAACAUACGGCUAGAGAUCGUGCCAGGAACGAUGUUUUGGGAGUAUUGGCAAAUUACUCAAACGAUCUGGAGCCAACGUGGCGGAACAUCGUCCGGUUAGAUGAGAUACCCUAUCUCCGGGACCACAAGAUGCAGGGGAUGGCCGUUUACCCCCUAGCGGGCUAUUUGGUGAUGGCCAUUGAAGCCGCUCGACGGCGCGCCGAGCAAACUGAUAUUCAAAUCUCACAAUUCGAACUGAGGGAGGUCAUUGUCGGUUCGGCGCUUGUACUCAGCGAUGACACAGAUGCAGAGACCACCAUUACUCUCCGUCCCUACGCUGAAGGCACCCGUGGAUCAUCGGAUAUUUGGGAUGAGUUCCGUGUCUGCUCGUGGACCUCAAAACGAGGAUGGACAGAGCACUGUACUGGUCAGGUCCGUGUUCGCUCCGAUCCGAAACAGCAGGCGGCUGCGAUAUCAAGCCCGUUCGAGACUCAAACUACCCACACGAAAGCCCGAAUAGCCCAAAUUCAGGAAUCAGCUACUAAUUACCUCGAUAUGUCCCACAUGUACCAGGUUCUUAGUGAUUUAGGAGCGGGAUAUGGCCCUAUCUUCCAGGAUAUUGAUAACUGCUACUCCAGCCCUAACCACUCUUUUGGCGAUCUGCACGUUAGAGAUACCCGCAGUGUUAUGCCGAAAGGAUUUGAACCUCCCUUGACUGUACACCCAUCAUUCCUUGACGGACUGCUACAUUUUGCUUGGCCCCUCCUUGGCCAAGGCUUGGGCCGAAUGGACCUGGACACACUCUACAUGCCGACAAUGAUUAAGCGUAUGACAGUCGGUCUCAACGUCCCAACCACCGCUGGUGAGCAUGUUAAAGCUUACUGCAGUGGCAGUCCCAGCUUGCCUACCCCUGAACCGACGAAAUUUGACCUUUUUGCCAUCCAAGAGGGUGCCGCAGAGCCCAUCAUUACAAUAGAGGGCCUAGUAAUGACCCCCCUCAGAAAUCCAGACACUCACCGCGAAGACACUCGCAAGCUGUGCUAUAAGAUUAAUUGGCAUCCCUUGGCUGAGGUUGAAAACGCCGUCCAAGAAGAUAUUAAAGAUCGCAAUGGCCCUGCGGAAUCUCAGGACCAAACUUAUACCCACAAGGACGCAAAUAUGAAUGGAGAUACAGAGCAGGAAGGCAACGCGCACGCAAAUGGAAAUCACACCACAUCCAAGCAUGACCUAUUCAUCUCCCACUUUGGCAAAGCCGAUGAUGGUAUUGCUGAUAAGUUGAGCAUUGCAUUGUCUGACACAUCUGGGUGGCAGAUUUCCGUCCGAACCUUCGGUGAAAUGGACUUCUCUCAAAAGCAUCUUGUUCUACUUCAGACUGGAUCUAGCUCUCUGCGACACCUCACGAAGGACGUAUUUGCGGAGCUCAAGACGGCGCUGCUCAAUGCUCGAGCUGUGCUCUGGGUCUACCGGACUGAUUCUCCCGAUGCUCAAAUGGCAGUCGGUUUGACUCGCACCUUGCGCUCAGAGACCAUGGCCAGGGUAGCUACGUUCGGGUUGGCUCCUGAGGAUAUCGAAUAUCCCGAGAAGCCUAUUCGAGCAGUUAUUAGUGCCUUAUGGCCCACCGAUGGGACUGAGCCCACAAAUGAUCUCGAGUUCAAGGCUAAGGGCUCUGAGCUCUUCGUCCAACGCGUAGUGGAAGAUGAUGCUGCUAAUAGUUUCGUCCACAAUGAGACCCACGACAUGACAAUAUCAAAUCAACCAUUCAGUCAGCCCGGGCGACGCUUCAAAAUUCAGAUCGGCAAUCCAGGUGCUCUCGACUCUCUCUACUUUGUAGACGAAAAUCCCUUGCCGCUAGGCGAGGAUCAGAUUGAGCUUCAAGUCAAAGCAAGUGGUCUCAACUUCAAAGACAUUGUGGUCUCCAUGGGCCAGCUUGCACAGUCCUAUAUUGGAAUUGAAUGCAGUGGUAUUGUCUCCAGUGUAGGAUCCAAUGUGAAGAAUUUCAAGGUUGGCCAAAGAGUCAUGGGUAUGCCAGAGGGCUGUUUCUCGACCUAUGCACGAUGCUCUGCGACCAGCGCUGCAGAAGUUCCAGCCGACAUGUCAUUCGAGGUCGCAGCCACAGUGCCAGUUGUAUUCUGCACUGCAUACUACGCUCUGUUUGACCUGGGUCAGCUGAAAUCCGGGGAGCGGGUUUUAAUCCAUGCCAGUGCCGGUGGUGUUGGUCAAGCCGCCAUAAUGCUAGCGCAGGUGAUUGGCGCAGACAUAUUUGUUACAGUUGGAAGUCUGGAUAAGAAACGGUUCUUAAUGACCCAGUACGGUAUUCCCGAAAACCGGAUCUUCUAUAGUCGCGAUGCAUCUUUCGCUCGCGGCGUCCGCAGAGCCACCGGUGAGAUUGGCGUGGACGUCAUCGUCAACUCCCUAGCAGGCGAUCUUCUGCGCGAGACGUGGGAGUGCCUUGCGCCGUUCGGACGAUUUGUCGAAAUUGGCAAAGCUGAUAUCACGAAAAAUACUCGGCUUGACAUGCAGCCUUUUGAGCACAAUGUUACAUUCUCGUCGGUUGAUCUAGCCAAAGUUGAAAAGUUCAAGCCGCAGCUGAUGAAGCGCCUCCUGGGUGAUGUUUGUCGAUUGAUUGGUGAGGGAUCGGUGCAUCCUAUUUUACCACUUUCGACCUAUCGAAUUUCUGAGAUCGAGAAGGCAUUCCGUACUCUGCAGAUCGGUAAGAGUAUGGGUAAGAUUGUCGUGGUUCCCCAUGAAGGUGACCAAGUCAAGGCUGUGGCUCCCAAGACAAGCUCCAAUCUCUUACGGCCUGAUGCAUCCUACAUCUUGAUUGGUGGUACUGGUGGUCUAGGCCGAAGCAUAGCCAAGUGGAUGUCCUCGAAGGGCGCAAAGAACAUUGUUCUUGUAUCUCGUCGAGCCGCGAUUGAUGAUAAGGUUCAAGCUUUGAUUGAUACUUUGGCUCCCCUGGGAGUGAGGAUUGUCGUCAAGGCUUGCGAUGUCAGCUGCCAGGAGUCUGUCGAGACGCUGGUCAAAGAACAGAUGAAAGCCCUCCCACCUAUACGUGGUAUUAUUCACGGUUCAAUGGUGCUUCAUGACAUGCUCUUCGAAAACAUGUCUCUUGAAGACUUCACGGCCGUAGCAUGCAACAAGGUAGAAGGAGCUUGGAACCUGCAUAAUGCGCUGAUAAGUUCACCACUGGAUUUCUUCAUUGCCCUCUCAUCGGUAGCCGGCAUUAUCGGCAAUCGCGGACAGGCAGCGUACUCCGCAGCAAACGCAUUCUUAGACGGAUUCAUAGAAUACCGCAAAUCCCUCGGUCUUCCAGGAACAUCAAUCGACCUAGCUGCAGUCAGCGACAUCGGCUACCUAGCCGAUACCGACGCCCAGCGGCGCCAGGAAGUAAUGAAGAAUAUCGGCGGCCAGACCAUCGACGAGUCGGAGGUCUUGGCACUAAUAGCCGCCGCUUUGACCGGUGAUCUCGACCAGUCCUGCUCUGGACAGUGCAUUACAGGACUGCGACUGGAUUCACUCGAGAACAAUUUUUGGGUCCAGGACGCGAAAUUCAGCGUGCUAUACGAGGCUGCCAAGGGCACACUGGGAAGUAGCUCACAGCGGGACGGCCCGUCGGUGCCGCUGCAGGUCACUUUAUCGGCUGCGUCAUCGAAGGAAGAGGCUUUGAAAGUGUGCUACGAGGCGCUGGCCGCCAAGUUAGCACAGGUACUUGUUCUCUCCGUGGAGGAUAUGGAUCCCUCGAUUACAGUCGCUUCAUUGGGUCUUGACUCGCUGGUGGCUAUUGAGAUCCGUAACUGGAUUGCCCGUGAGGCCAAUGCCAAUGUGCAGGUUCUGGAGUUGCUGUCCAGUGGCAGUUUGAUGGCCCUGGCUGAGAUUAUCCUUAACAAAUCUCAGGCCUAUACUCGCACUGAGUAA